AUGGAGGGACAGUGCGUAUCUGGUGAAACUAUAGAAGGGUGUGGAAUGAGUAACCAGUUCCCGAAAACAGAAACAGAAAAUUCUGUCGACAUGAACACGUUUCCAUGGGAAUGCGUGUUGGUAUCGUUUUUAGAAUGUGGUCAGGAAAAUGGAGUACUGAAAACAAAAGAAAUGUUAUCAUGCCGGGACGUGUUGUGGUACCUGGUCUUCUGCGGUUUCGCAAUCAACUACAUGUUGAGAAUCAAUUUGAACCUAACGAUAGUGGCGAUGGUGUUGCCUCAUGCGAAGCAUGCUGCAGCUGCUCAAUGCAAUUCCGAUAAUACACCGUUGAAUCUCAAUAGAAUGCAGGGAAACAAUGACACCUUUACAGUGGCGACUUCCGUUGUAUCCACACCGGAGAACGUCACGUACCACGAUCGCUUCACUUGGAACGAGUAUCAGCAAGGUUUGGCUCUAGGAGCUUAUUACUGGUUGCACUGGUUAUCGCAGCUUCCCGGAGGGCUUCUAGCGAGACGUUACGGAACGAAGCUUGUUUACGGCUUAGGAAACUUCCUGACAGCGGUUCUCGGUUUUCUAAUACCGUUUAUGACACGCUAUCAUCUGUACGCGCUUAUUUUCCUGCGGGUUGUUCAGGGCCUGGCUGCAGGUGUCAUAUGGCCUUCGAUGCACGAUAUGACGGCUAAAUGGAUCCCUCCGAAUGAGAGGAGUAGAUUUGUCAGCUCCUAUUUGGGCAGUUCCGUAGGAGCCGCCAUAACUUAUCCGCUAUGCGCAGCUGUCAGCAGCAGUUUCGGUUGGAGUGCAGCGUUUUAUGUGACAUCUCUGCUUGGCGUGAUUUGGUACGGUUUCUGGUUGUUCCUGAUACACGACUCUCCUCAACAACAUCCACGGAUUUCUGAGGACGAAAAGAAAUAUAUUUUGGACAACAUCAGUAGCUCUGUCGUCAAAGAGGAAACUAAAAUACCAUGGAAGUCUAUUUUAUCAUCGCGUCCAGUUUGGAUCACCAUUGCUGCCCACUGGGGUGGAGGUUGGGGUUUUCUUACUCUGAUGACACAAGCCCCGUCUUACUUCAACUUCAUUCACGGGUGGAACAUCAAUGCGACUGGUCUUCUCUCCGGAGCUCCUCACCUACUCAGAAUGAUCUUCUCUUAUUACUUCUCUAUAAUGAGCGACUGGUUGAUACGCACCAAGAAGAUGAGCUUGACAAACGUUAGAAAACUGGCCACGUUUGUGUGUACUGGCGUGCAAGGCCUGUUUAUUCUGAUUUUGGGAUUCAGUGGAUGUCAUCCAACGUUCGCAGUGAUCUUUAUGAUGGCCGGCACAGCCGUGAACGGAGCAAUUUCCGCUUCGACUUUGGCGAAUUUCGUUGAUUUGAGCCCGAAUUACGCCAGCGUUCUCCUUGGUUUCUGUGGAAUGGUGGUAAUAUGGUGUGGCUUCAUUUCGCCGGCAGUGGUUGGACUUCUAACGAACAACAAUCAAACUGUAUCUCAGUGGCGGAUAGUCUUCAUAAUAGCUGCUGCGAACUCGGUCGUAGGUAGUAUCGUAUACAUGCUACUUGGAACGUCAAAGGAACAGCCGUGGAAUACCUAUGGGAAACCCAAUGUGGAAGCAGGACAAGAAAUGCAGAAGUUAACCGUGACACCGACGACAAAACGCGUAGACAUAGAAGAAAACGCAGACGUGAAUGAAAAAGAUGAAAUGAUUGUGAAGAGCUAG